UUUUGCUUGACUUUAACACUUGAAGCUGUGAUAAAUAAUUCAUACAAAGCAGUUUACUUUUAAUGAGACCGGAUAACUCUGAGGGCGGAGUUUACCACACAUUUCUCCACCAUGAAUCAGAGCUGGCAUGUGCCUGUUGGGGUCUUUAAGAAGAGACUUUUGCAGCAUUUUUCAGCCACUCCUGGGACAGAACAACUGCAGACUUGUUCUCUGUCAUCGCCGGCUUCUUUUGCACAAGCUCAAGCAUGUCUCGAUUGGAGCAAAUCAUCACGUCUAUGGUGGAUAUCUUCCUGGAGUACGCUGAUGAUGAGGGACGGAAGAAGCAGCUCAACAAAGAUGAACUCAAAGCCGUCCUGGAGAAAGAAAUACAGAGUGAAGAGUUUAAGCAAAAGAUCAGUGCGGAGGCCGUGGAGGAGGCCAUGAAGAUGAUCGACAAGAACCAUGAUGGAGAGAUCAACUUCAGGGAGUUCUGCAGAUGUGUGUGUGAAUUAGCUAAAUGGUAUUUCCAGCAGAAAACAGGCAAAGGAGGGAAGCAAGGCAGAGGGAGAGAAGGGCAUGAAGAAGACUGAUAAGUCACGGUGUGUUUAGUUUGUUCUGUUUUAUGGUGUCGGGUCAUGUUUGUAAAAGUGUGGUUGAAUGAAUUGUGAAUAAAAAUAUAUAGGUACAGCGUGGUCCGACCUGUCAGCACCGAUCUCGUCUGUGUUGGCAGGGUUCAUUCUGUAUAUGUAUUAUGUCAUCAAAUAUUAAA